AUGGCGCAUCUCGUUUAUGUAUCGAGAUGUGAUGAGUCUUCACGUCCAGUGCUUCCAGCAGACGAAGAGAAGCACCAUGUCCCACCGUCAGAGAUACGGCUCGCCAACGGGCCCAGCCGGUGCCAGGGGCGGGUGGAGAUCCUCUACAACGGCUCCUGGGGGACGGUCUGCGAUGACGACUGGGACAUCGUGGAUGCCAACGUGGUGUGUCGCCAGCUGGGCUGCGGCCACGCCGUCGCCCUCCCGGCCGCCAUGACCUUCGGCCAAGGGAGCGGACCCAUCUUCCUGGACAACGUGGACUGCAAGGGCUGGGAGGCAGCCUUGAGCGAGUGCUGGAGCCACGGCUGGGGCGUCCACAACUGCUACCACUACGAGGACGUGGCUGUCGUAUGCAACGGUAAUGAGGUUCCAGGUGACGGCAGCAUCCGUCUGGUGAGCGGGACCGACACCUGCCAAGGCCGGGUGGAGAUCUUCUACCGCGGGAACUGGGGCACCGUCUGUGACGACGACUGGGGCCUGAGCGACGCCAGCGUGGUGUGCAAGCAGGUGGGCUGUGGCCAAGCCCUGGAUUACAAAAGCAACGCCUAUUUCGGCUACGGCACGGGACGCAUCCUCCUGGACAACGUCAACUGCGACGGCAGCGAGCCCUUCCUCUCCGCCUGCUACAGCCUCGGCUGGGGCAUCCAUAACUGCGGCCACCACGAGGAUGCUGGGGUCAUCUGCACAGGUACCGGGGCAGAGCAUCGCCUUCGGGGCUGUCCCCUGGGGGGGGCCAAAAAAUCCAGGGACAUCCUGGUCUCCAAGGAGAAAUGGCCUCAGAGAGGUACACGGGAGAAGCGAGGGACCCCCCAGCGCUGCCGGUGGGACCCCGGCGCUUGGGUUGGGGUGGAGAAGCUCCACGUCCUGCGCAGGGGCGGCGGGGACGUGGGGAUGGACGCGGUCCCCCUCCGUCCCCACCAUCCUCGAGCACCCCAGGUCUGCCUGCCGGAGUCAGCAAGUUUUGGGGCUUCUGCCCGUGUGUCACCUCUGUCCCUCUGUGUCACCGCAGGGCUGGACACGUCCACCAUCACGUCCUUCACCACCUCGGUGGCCCCGGACUACGAAGAGACGCUCACUGCCACAGCCACAGCAACAGACGGCGGGGACCAGCCCUCCCAGGCCACCGAGGUGGCCACCACCGCUCUCCUUACCAUCGAGCAGGAAAGUGGCGGCGUGCGGCUGGCGAACGGGAACGGGAGCUGCCGCGGGCGGGUGGAGGUGCGGCACCGCGGUACCUGGGGCACCGUCUGCGACGACGACUGGGACUUCCCCGACGCCCAGGUGGUGUGCCGGCAGCUGGGCUGCGGCGCUGCCCUCGCCGCCACCGUCCUCGGCUCCUUCGGCUACGGCAGCGGGCCCGUCCUGCUGGAUAACGUGGGCUGCGGCGGCGGCGAGGCUCGCCUGGCCGACUGCUUCCACCUGGGCUGGGGGCAACACAACUGCGGCCACCACGAGGACGCCGGGGUCAUUUGCCGAGGCGCUGACAGCGCUGGAGACCGUUUCCAAGAAGCCACCGCUACGACCACCACAUCAGCCCCGGCUCGUCCCAAGGACGGGUCCCUGCGCCUGGUGAACGGCAGCCACCGGUGCGAGGGGCGCGUGGAGGUGUUCUACCUGUCGCAGUGGGGGACGGUGUGCGACGACGCCUGGGACCUGCGGGACGCCAAGGUGGUGUGCAGGCAGCUGGGCUGCGGGCACGCCGUGGGGGCCUGGGGGGAGGCACGCUACGGCCAGGGCACCGGCUACAUCUUCCUCGACAACCUCAAGUGCAAGGGCCACGAGCCCUCGCUGCUGCGCUGCUCCCACAUCCGCUGGGACGUCCACAACUGCGACCACUCCGAGGACGCCGGUGCUGCCUGCGGCUCCCUAUGACCACCCACCCGCUGAGACCCUCGCGCAGUUCAGGUGGAAGGACCCAGCCUGCAGCACCAGCCAUCUUCGCCGUCCACUGUUUCUGAUUUCUAACAGGACACCAGGAAAAUGAUUUCCAUGUUUUCG